AGAACAUCGCAUCUAUUCCAGCACAUUACAUUUUUUCUCAUUGCACUAACCUGCAAGAUUGGCGUAGCUCAAUUUGCAACGUGAGUUCCCUGGAAAAUGGCGACAGAUAAAAAAAAAAUCUCCGAAGCGGUAAAAAUGGCAUUGGCGCAAAUUGAAAAUAAUGCCCCUGGGGAAUAUUCGAAGCUAACUGCAUUUAAAAAAGUGAAAUAUUCUAUCAAAGUGGCUGCCAGACAAGUAGCCGAAGAACAAAUAAAGCUCUCUCACGAGUUUGAAUGUGGACCUCAAAAGAACAUCCGUGACCGCCUUGCCAAGCAUUUACCCGAAGACCGAAUCAAGCUGAUUGUGGAGGGGCUCGCCAUUCCAACAUUCCGCAUGGAAAUAAGCAGGAUGGACGAUGGCAGACAUCUGGUGCAGUUGACGAGAGGAGAGGAGGAAUUCUUGCCAUCCAGGGAGCUGGCAGCACACGAAGACAUCGAUUGGGCCAUAAAUAUUCAGUACGCCAGCAUUGUGGUGGAUGCUGUGAUGCUUGUCAUGCAAGCGGCAGGGAUAGAAGUAUCUGUAAGUGGCAGCACCAUGAAAGAAACCGUUGAAGACACUGCGAAAGCAAUCGAGAAGUCUUCAGCAUUCCAGCAAGCGAUACAGAAGAUUGUCAGCUCAUGGAAAGCGGCAGGGGGUGUAACGGAGAAGUCCGAAGCCAUUUUCUUUCUUCUUAAGGACACCUACGCUGCUGGAUUGUUGUGGAACAUCAUCAAGAGUUUGUGCAGAGAAAUGAAAUGGUACGACUGGUUGGAGACUACAGCGAAAGUUAGCGCCAUGGUCGUAGCAGCCCUUGUCACGGACGGGGCAGCGCUAAUAGCAGAGAUUGCUUUGACCGUUUUGGCGGCUGUGGACUUCGCCAGGAAGAUCGAUAAUGUGGUACAACUUGAAGAGAUUUAAAAAAACAUUCUGGAGGAAGAAGGAGACUAUUGCAGGUUCUGACGAUCUACCUUAGAACAAGUAUUGGAGCCCAUGUGAAUGCAUUACAUGAGUAAAUCACCUUUACAAGACGGUCAGAGUGCAACCGUUUGUAAUGCUUCAAUCUCUCGAAAUUGUAGGAAAAAAAACUAACUGAUCGGCAAUGAACUAGAAUCGAGCAGAAAAGUGUGAAACUGUUAUAUUCCUCGUGAUUUCAUGGCGAGAUACGAGAAAAUCGACUUUGUCAACAGCACAAUCAUUGUAUAUAGCAGCCGAGCUGCCAAAUUUAAGUAAGUCAGCUGUUUAUCCCAAUCAGUGGUAACAGCAAAUAAAAUAGUUUGAAAUGAGUCA